AUGUACAUUCCGAGUCUUUUCAGUAUCCUAAGGUCAAGGCCGCCAUCGUUUCACCCCAUCGAGCUAAGCAUCCGAGCUUCCCCAUUACUGCCUCACUUCGUCGGAGACGACAAUGAGACCACAACUCGUAUCACCCCUCCACCGCCAGCACACAUUGUCGAGAACAACAACAUCACGCAGUGGGACAUUAGCAGUUCAACCAUGGGUCCCAAUGAUGUGGAUUAUCCCACCUCGUUUCACCUUUCGCGUCAUGCAGUUGGACAGGUCCAACAAUCGUCCACCAAUAGCCAGUUCCCACCAAGAAUCCCGCCAAAGUCCAGAGCCCGAGCUCACACCGCGCCCAGCACAGAUAUCAUGCUGGAAAGGAUAGCCAGUGCGAUGCUCGAGAAGGAGAAACUGCAGGCUGAGAUCGAUGAGCUCGUUGAGAGGCAAAGUGUGUACAAGGGCAGCAGGCCCGGCAGUCCUGUCGGUUAUAGUGGUAUGAUCAUUUACGGUGCUCCAAUAUCUGUCCAGCUCACUAACACACGACAAACAGCGAGUGAGUCAAUGCCCGUGUUCGAUGUUCCCGCUAUGCCAGCUGCUGCACCCUCCUUCGCCGAACGAGUUAGCUACGACGAGCGUAGGCCGAAGACUGCACCCUCGAGCAGUCAACCCCAGGGGCCCGGAACCUUUUCGGCUAUGAGUGGUGGAAGUGCCACACCGGACGGAACCACCCUUGCUUUGGCGGUGGCAGCGUUCAACUCCCACCCGCCUAUGAUCAACUUCGCUCACCACUGGUACGGCCAACACGGAUUCGAUCACGCAGCAAAUGGAGACCGGCCAGUUUCUUCAGCCUCGACGGCAAGGGCAAACGAGUCCCGCAGCCGAACCUCGACCGGGCCCGCCCCGCCGCAAAGAAUCAUCACAUCGGAAUUCGAUCGUCCCCUCGCCCCUCCGCUCCCGCUCGUUCUCCGCCCACCCCUCCGCAAGAAGAAGUCCUUCUCCCGCGUCUCCAACUGGCUCUUUCCCGGGAACAAUGGCUCCGUCUCCGACAACUACUCCAACAGCAGUCCCACUGACACGUACCACAGCAACAGCUACAGCAAACGACACGAGCACAGCAUAAGCAAGGAUUCAAUCACCAACGUUCCGAGGCCGAUUAAGGAAAACGAGGGGUAUUAUCAGUGUUUUUCUCCGUCGCAGGGUAGCAACCAGCAAUACCAGCAACAACAGCAGCAGCAGGGGAACAACCAGAGCGACUCAGCCUCAUCCGCUUCCUCCCUCUCCUCCUGGCGAUCCGAAGAAGAAGAAGUGCCCACCACCACUUGGUCGCUAGGCAGCAGUCCCGUGCGCCAGACGCCCGGGCAAACGCCCAAGCAGACUCCGGUGUUGAGCGCUGAUGAGGCUAGCUUUGCUGUUAAUGCUGCUUUUUCCGCUGCGCCACGAACCACGGAAGAAAUCAAAGUUCAGGGAACAGAGGAAGGAGUGAUUAAUGGCAGUGGUUUGCAGACCGGGGAGGGAGUGGAAGGAGGAGACACCGGAACAUGUGUAACGAUCACGGGACUCAAGAUUCCCGAGCACAGAAACGGACACCGGCCGCAGAGCGUGGGUGUUGCUUUCUGA